AUGAAGGCGACGGGAGAAUUUCGGGCCUUGCUGCGGAACCUGAUGGAUUCAAGUAAUUUUACACUUUUAGAAAUCUCGUAUAAUCACGCCGGUAGUGAUUUCUCGACUGAAUGGAAAACCAAUUCGAAUCGUAUCUGGGGCUACUUCCGCGUGCAUCCCCAGUACUGGUCAGAUCGUAUCAAAAAGUUGAGAGCGUCAGGGGCCAAUACUUUGGAGACCUAUGUCCCUUGGAAUCUGCAUGAACCUCAACGUGGAGUGUUCGACUUUGGUAAUGGGACCUUUGACAUGUCUCAAUUUCUGGAUGUGAGACGCUUCAUUCAAAUGGCACGCGACGAAGACCUUUUAGUAAUUUUUCGACCGGGCCCUUACAUAUGUAGUGAAUUUGAUUUUGGAGGCCUUCCAAGUUGGCUCUUGGGUGAUCCUGAACUCAAAGUUCGAAGUUCAAACGCAGCUUAUGAAGCCCGAGUUAAAAUAUACUUUGAUGCAUUACUUCCCCUCGUAACGGACUUGCUAUGGUCGAACGGAGGACCAAUUAUGAUGGUUCAAAUUGAAAAUGAAUAUGGUGCAUUUGGAACGGAAGAUUACCCACAUCUCGAGUAUUUGAAAUCCCUCAUGGAGCAGGCAGGAAUUAAUGAAUUAUUCGUAACGUCAGACUCUCCUCUUACCGCGGGGGAUAAAGGAGCUUUGCCUGGUGUACUUCAAUCUGCAAACUUUUAUGACGAUGCAUCCGGUCAACUUGCCGCUUUAUUGGAAUUGCAACCAGACAAACCUGUUCUGGUGAUGGAAUAUUGGAGUGGAUGGUUUGACCAUUGGUACGAACCGUUUCACAAUGCGCGUCCAGUAGCAGUUUUCCAAGAAAAUCUAGAAGUCAUCUUUAACAAUUUCAACGGGUCUGUAAACUAUUAUAUGUAUCAUGGGGGGACCAGUUUCGGCUUUCUCGCUGGAGCCAAUGUGAUCCCCUUCUUUCCAAACUAUCUGCCAGAUGUGUCCUCCUACGAUUACAAUGCGCCACUGUCAACGGUCAAGUACAAAGCAACCCCCCAAAUAAUGUAGCCCAGUUGGCGACUGAUUUCGGCUAUUGGACACGUGCCACGCAGCAACAAACUUUAAGACUGGACAGCGUCACUGUGAGAAAUGUUGAUCUUUUGGUGGAAAAUAUGGGCCGAGUUAAUUUCGGGGACCCUUCCAACUUUGAGUAUCAGAAAGGUCUACAGGAAGGAAACAUAGUGAUUGAUGGUCAAUUAAUGACACAGAUCGAAACGAUGGCUCUAGAGUUCAAGUCAGACUGGGUGAAAAGUUUGACUGGAUGGACGCCAAUCGAGGGGGCGGUGACUGGCCCGGUGCUUAUUCAGUCUACAUUUGAAGUGGACAACCCGACGGAUACUUGGCUCAAUAUGCGUGGUUGGCAUAAGGGAAUCGUAUUUUUGAAUGGCUUCAACCUUGGGAGGUAUUUUAAAAUUGGACCUCCACACACGCUUUAUGUGCCAGCACCACUACUUAAAAUCGGGACAAAUACGAUUACGAUCUUUGAGCAGUACCAGCCCGAUACUCAAAUUACCUUCUCGGCUACUCCAAUUCUUGGAAAUUUUCAGCUUUAACAUAAAUUAUUACUAGUCCAAAAUAACUUCAGCAAUCAUUUCUAGUGAUAUUUAACCCACUUUGGCAUACUUUUGGUCAAUAAUUAAAUUUAUGAAAAUUGGCAUAGUUUGACUUGUAUCUCAAAAACUUACUAACUAAACGCCCCCCGUAAUUUGAUUAUAGAUUAUUUAUCUACUAAAAAUUAUACAAAUUUUAAGCUAUGAUACAUAAAAUUAUUAGAGUGUGAAAAACACUAUUUCACUGUAUAUCUAUAUAAAUAUGUACCUAUAAAUAACUCGGCUAAAAGUGAUUCGCCAUUAAUUUUUGGCUUAGCAAUUUUGUCUGAUAAAUUGCCAGACAAAUUGCAGAACUACUACAACAUAGGUAUGUACCAGACGCUGGACAAUACAUA